AUAGCGCGGGGAGGCGACGGACGGAGAACAAUCAGUAUAGAGCGGGCGUUUUGUGCGUGGUGAGGGGCGACGAGCGUGGAGAGAUGAGUGAGGAAACACACGCCAGAGACUCUUGUGGGAAGGUGAUGGAGGCAGACGAAGGAGACGGCAACAUGAUGACCAGGAAUGGGAGGAGGAUGGAGGUGGUCAGAUGGAACAACGUUCCCCCAGCCGUGCAAGUGAAACUUCUCUUUCUUCUCGACACCGGCGACGUCGCCUCCUUGGACAUAAACCACUCGGAUGAUCUGGAUAGCUCACCCCCAGCGGUGGCACGAGACGCCUUCUUGUCGGUGCUGCAGGACGGGCAGCACAGCUUUGCGCCUGUUACGGAGGUGUUGAAGAGCCGAACUAAGCUCUUGCUAGAGUAUCCCUUGAUUUUGCUGCCCGCUGGGACUCCGGCGGCUGAUAUUAGUGUGAGGAAGGACGACGAGGACCUGCUGACGUUCGUCCACGCCUGUCGGCACUUGAAAGUGAAAUAUCACAAUUUAGAGAACAAAAUAAAAAAGGUACAGGAGAAGUUUAGCCUUACUGAUGAUGAAAUGGAAGGAAAUGAAUUGAUUUACACCGAAAAUCUGAGAAUGGCCCGCUUGUGUGAAGCUCUUACUCCCCAUCAAGUGGGGCAGUUACUGGCGCUGAUAACCAAGGAUGAUGCACUAAGCAAGUGCGUGGCAGCAGGUCUUGAGGACCAUCAAGCCAAGCUGGGGAACACGAAAGGCCUCAAGGAGGUUAUGUUUUUUUAUCUCAUCAGGGCAAUUGAGUUAGAUAAUAAACUGAACCGUAUCUACACGUUCCGGCUGGAAACUUUGCUGGAGCAGAUGCAGCAUAUCAAGGGGACAAGUGAGGCGGAGAAGCGUGUGUUGUCGGAGGCCAUCACUGAUUUGAACGACUACCCUAGUGGAGGACGCCCGGCUGGGCACUGCGUGGUGUUCUGCGUCACCAAAGACAGGGCUGGGGCAAAGGAGGAAAUAAGAAAAGUUAAGCAUGUAUUCGAAAAGUCUCUGGGAUACACUGUUCACAUUGAGCAGGAUCCGGUGAAGGUGAAGCUUACAGAGUGUCUUGCCGAGCUGCAAAAACCCAAGUACAAGUUUUAUGAUUCCAUCGUCUACUGGUUCAUGUCUCACGGCACGGAAACCACUCUGAAACUGGCGGACGGUUCCCUUUUGGAAAGAAAGACUUUCAUUCAAGACUUCUCAAAAGUGAAUAAUUUCAGGAAGAAACCCAAAAUUUUCUUCAUGGCUGCCUGUCAGGGCAACACAACUAUUCAACUAGAAAAAAGAAAAGGGGUGCUUGUGUCGAUCGACGGGAGUGCCGAGGGCCACUCGACCUUCUCGGUGCUGCCUGAAGGUUGCCAAAACAUCACCGCCGUCUACUACCAGAUGGACCGCCUGGUGGCCAGCGCCACGCUUCCCCAGCAGUACGCCUUCCGCCUUCCCGACGAAGGGUCGGUGUACGUGGACAUCGUGUGCCGCUUGAUGGAGCAGCAUCGCGGUCACAGCAUCACGCAGGUGCUGGAGCGUGCCACCAACAGGCUGCAUCAAAUUCUCUUCUCGAUCAGUAAGUAUCCCGGCGAGGUAAAACAGGCCUGUUACUACGAGAGCACCCUCCAGAAGACCUUCAGAGUGCCCUGAGAGCACGAGGGUGGCCGUUGCCUCCAGCUAGCCCUGCAGGAGGUGGAGGAUGAGGCCACGGCAACAUCCACGUCCGUGACUAAACACAGCACGGGCGCCUCCAUACAGUGACUCGAACGAACUCUCCUUACAUCACGUGGCACUCCACCAAACCUCAGCACAUUCUCCCACACCAUAUACCACACCACACUCUCCCACCGGAAACCACAACUUGCUGUCUCAUGCUAUGUGCCAUACCCCACCAUGCCACACCACGCUCUCCCACAUCAUAUGCCAAAGCAUGCUAUUCUACACCGCAAGCCUCCCUCCCCACGCCAUAGCACACCAUACUAUUCCGUACCCUACCCCACAUCGCUAUUUCACACCAUACCACACAGCUUUCUAUCUCACACCAUACCGUACCACACUUAAUCACCACACACACAAACACACUUACAUCACGCUACAGCUCACCAAACCAUAUAUCCCAAAACACAUCAUGCUGGGAGGUAUCAUAUUUUCCGUUCACGUGCCCCAUGACGUGACACGGCCAUACAUAAGUAGCCUCAAUGGUUUUGCUCACUCACGCCGUCCCAUUCAGUCAUAGUCACAGGAGAAGUAACUCAUCUAACGGUGUACCACAACACUUAAUGCAAGUUACUAUUUACUAAUAAAAAUAAAUAAAAAGCAUGCUCAGAUAUUGUAAAGGAAAAUAUAAUGCUGACACGAGGGCGUAAGAGCGACCUAAAAAGGAUUGAACUCGAAACCCUGUCUGAUUAGUGGCAUCCAACCUAAAUCUUGACGUGAGUUGCUGCAAAACCAGGAAAUUCUCUCUCUCUCUCUCUCUCUCUCUCUCUCUCUCUCUCUCUCUCUCCUAUUUUUUUACACACAAAAAUAUACAUAUAAAUAAGUUUAAGAUCAUAAUUUAGGCAUAAUUUUCUUUCAAUUUUAUGUAUUUUAUAUUAACCUGAGGACAGGUAAGCAGUUACGAAAUGUACAGCGUUCUUUUUAUUUUCUAAUAAAAAUGACAAACAAUAAGGAGAUCAAUGCCCAAGCUAAAUGUGAAUGACGAACAUUUUAAACGCCUAUGCUCCAUACCGUUUACUUUUGGUGAAAGUCACUAGAGAAA